GUUGCGCGACACAAGGCACAAACAUGGGUCUGCCGGAUAUAGACAACAUACCGGAUACCGGGGCGGUAUUCACUAUCGGACGCAGCAGAUUUGCCGAUAACUUCGCUUCGCAUUUUUUCAUCCGACAGGACCCGGUGGUAUCCAUCGUUUGCGGGGACGAGCACUCGGCCGUCAUAUGCCAAAGCGGCAGACUUUUCGUCUUCGGGAGCAAUGACUGGGGGCAGUUGGGCCUCGGGCACAAGAACCACGUUAGCAAACCGUCUUGCGUAAAGAUCCUGAAACCAGAAAAGGUGACUAACGUUGCGUGCGGAAGAGCUCACACUCUGAUAUGUACUGGUGGUCAAAAGAUCUUUGCAUGCGGAAGCGACCAGGAAGGUCAAUUAGGUCGCGGAGGAUUGGCUGCUGGAGACAGUUCGACUACUCCUGUUCUGAUUUACGAUUGCGGAUCGGCUGGACCAAGCAUAUCGCAGGUCGCCGCUGGGUCUCAUCAUUCUAUGGCACUUCUCAGUGACGGGGGAGUCAUCGCCUGGGGCAGUAAUCUUGAGGGACAGUUAGGGCUGGCCGGUACUUCCGGUUUAGUCAACAAGCCGACGAAGGUUCCGAUUCCAGAAAUCAUAAAAGCGAUCAGCACCGGAUACUAUCACACGGCGUUUUUGACCGAAAGCGGCCUCAUAUACGUCUGUGGCGAGGCUGAAAGUGGCAAGCUAGGAAUCGUUGUCAACUUCUCUACCCAAGCCGCUCCGAAACAGUUGCAGCUUCCGGGUCCAGCUGCGAAGAUCGUUUGUGGAGGACACCACAGUCUCGUUCUAACCGAAACCGGCGAACUCUACUGCUUCGGAAGCAACGUCAGCGGGCAAUUAGGGAUGGGUGUUGACGUAACAGAAGUACAAACGCCGAAGCUUCUUCCCCGUGGCGUUUCCGAGGGAGAAGUUAUCACCGAAAUCGCUGCUGGAGAAAGUCACACGGCUUUAGUUACGGAAUCUGGCAAGCUGUUUAUGUGCGGCGAUGGAAGACAUGGGAAACUCGGUCUUGAAGAAAAUGAAAACAACGUCCACGAAAUAACGUAUGGGGCUAAAUAUGAAGAACUCAUGAUAACCGAUGUCUCAUGCGGCGGUUGUCACACAAUUCUCAUCGGCAAAAGACGCGAAGAAGUCGAGGAAGAGCCUGCCAGUGUGGAACCGGAACACGUCGCGAGGAAGAAUUCUCUGCCACCGUUGAAGAUCGCGGCGCUUGGUCGAAUUGCAGGUGACAUAUUGCCAGACAAGAACGAUCUCGACAACGCGAUAAAAUCUGUUGAAAAUAGCAUUACAGAGACGAAGGAUAAGGUGAAGGAUACUUUGACGAAUGCGAAGACGGAACUACAGAGCAACGUCGAAAGCGUGGUGAAAAAUGUUACCGAUACCGUCAAGAAAGACGUCGAGGUGGUGAAAAAAACCGCCGAGGGUAUGAUGGGCAGUGUUACAGACGCGAUGAACAAUAUUAAGAAACCGGAAUUCCCUAAGAAGCUCGCCGACUAUAUAGAGGAAGAGAAUAAGACUGAAGAAUUGCUGAACGAACUAGCCAACGAAACUGACGAAACAACGAACAACAAUCAGACGAACAAAGACGAUUCUGGAAGAGUAGACAACGCCGAGCAAUCGGUGGAAAGGAUGCAAUCAGCGACCGCUAGUUUGAGAUCUACCAUUUCAGCGAGAAGUAAUCGAUCGACUGAUAGGCAAAUUAAAUCACCCGUUAGCUCUGCCUUGGCAAUGGAAAAGCCAGCAUCUCCCAUGGACGAACAUCAAAUCCCUCCUCCUAAGCCACCGAGACAAAAAUCUGGUCUGUCGGAUGAAGCGGUGAAAGAAGGGAAGAGUGCAUCACUUUCGAACAAAUCGGCAAAAAGCGCCGGUAACGUGUCGAUGAAUGGAACUGGGGAUUCUACAAGUCCUUUUGAAGAAAACAAUCAAAUUCAUGAGCUUGAGGAAACGAUUAAGAAAUCGGAUACGCGGCGAAGUUCUAAAGCAGCUCGAUCAAUAAAUGGAGAAGAACAACCGGUUCCAGACAGUGAUCGACAAACGGAAGAAAAAGAGAACAAUAUACACGAAGAAGAACUUGAAAAGGAACAGGAAAAAGGAGAGACGGAAACGGCGCAGGACGAUGCUGAUGUAAUAGAACCUCCGCCGCAAAAAACAGAAACGUUUCGUGUUAUAGGAAAAAUUGCGAAACUAUUCAAAGGGAAAAAACAGGAAUUGCAAAAUGGCGUUAAUGGAGGCAGUGCAUCUAAUUCAAAAGUGAAAUCAAAGACGUGUACCGUGCUGUAACUGAGACGACUUGGACGUGAAGUUAUAUUUUAUUAUAUUUUUUUAUGAAUUAUACAACAUCCGGGCUCGGGACCAAGUUGUGAACGAAAUCAAAAUUAUACAGGAAAGUGAUGACCAUCAUUUUAUAUACAAGCAAUGUCACUUUAUAUUGCUCUAAUAUCAAAAUAUUAUAGAUGUGUAAAACGUUAACUUAUUUAAGGCUGUUCUUAGUAUAAUUUAAUCUUGUAAUAAAUAAUAUAAUAUACAAUAAAAGAAAAUAUAUCACACGAGAUAAUAUUAAAAAGAAUGGCAAAGUGAAUCUAACAUUUUAUAGAAAUUUCAACAGCCUGUGUAUUAGUCAUUGCAGUUACAACACGUCCACUGAAACGCUACCUCUGCAUGCGAUACUGCGCCAACUUAAACAAUGUCUGAGCAUUAAUUAGUUUACUAUUAGCGACGUAAAGUUCCUAAAAGGAGAUUCAAAACUCUUAGGCAACAAGGUGACUAGAUCUAGUAACCAAGUUUCCACAAUUUUUACAAAAGUAGUUGUAUGCGAGAUGUCCAACUGAAAUUUAUUAACACUGAAUCGUAUGAAGUAUCCCUCUUUUUUACCUCAACUCAAAACAUCUCAACCCAUUGGUAGACUGGUCCAAUUACUGAACAUACAAACAGUCCAACCCACAAAAAACAAAUCUGAGAAAAAUUUUAUGCAAUACCCCUAGAGUCCAUCUAUCUCAAUAAAUCUUAAAGCUUGAGUGGUUUAAUAGCCAUGAAAUAAGUAUUCUGAGAAUUGCUUCAUUUGAUACAAAUUUACAUUUAUAUACUAUAUCAUAGGAAACAAUUAUAAUACUUGAAUAAAUUAUAAUACAUAUCAACUAUGAAUUCGUCCAACAUCCAGCUGACGGACUAUCUUAAAUUUAAUAGUUUUCAAUAAAGCUUUUCACGACGUUAUUCAAAUUAACAAAUACCGUAUUACCCUGAGUAUAAGUCAAUUCUGAACAUAAUUCGCCCCCCAUUUUUUCGACUUCUUUCCAGGAAUUUUUUAUAGGAAUCGAAUAUAAGUCGCAUUUUAUGACAUGUUAUCAUCACAGAAGUAGGAAUAUUUAUUUUUAAUAUUACCUUUUUAUACAUAUUUAUGAAUACUUAAGUUGAAAAUGAGUUUUUUCCAGCGAUAAAUAAAAUUUCCAAACAUGUCCCGAAUGUAAGUCAAUCCCGCGUAUAACUUAAGCACGAAUUUUUACGGAAA